CGGCGGCGGGAGGCGAGCGGCGAGUGUCGGCGGGGGGCGGCCGGCGGGGGCGGGGCGGCCGGAGGAGGCGUUGGCAGCCGGCAGGGACCCACGCGGCGCCGCGGCCCGCCUGGCCUGCAGCGCUCCCACCCCCGGCGGCGACGGCACGAUGCCCUUUGACUUCAGGAGGUUUGACAUCUACAGGAAGGUGCCCAAGGACCUCACGCAGCCGACGUACACGGGGGCCAUUAUCUCUGUCUGCUGCUGCCUCUUCAUCCUCUUCCUCUUCCUCUCGGAGCUCACCGGAUUCAUAGCCACCGAAGUCGUGAACGAGCUGUACGUCGAUGACCCGGACAAGGACAGCGGGGGCAAAAUCGACGUCAGCCUGAACAUCAGUUUACCCAAUCUGCACUGUGAACUGGUCGGGCUCGACAUCCAGGAUGAGAUGGGCAGGCAUGAAGUCGGGCACAUCGACAACUCCAUGAAGGUGCCGCUGAACAACGGGGCGGGCUGCCGCUUCGAGGGACAGUUCAGCAUCAACAAGGUCCCCGGCAACUUCCACGUGUCCACGCACAGUGCCACCGCCCAGCCACAGAACCCGGACAUGACCCAUGUCAUCCACAAGCUCUCCUUUGGGGACACGCUACAGGUCCAGAACGUCCAUGGAGCUUUCAAUGCUCUCGGGGGAGCAGACAGACUCACCUCCAACCCCCUCGCCUCCCACGACUACAUCUUGAAGAUCGUGCCCACGGUUUACGAAGACAAGAGUGGCAAACAGCGGUACUCAUACCAGUACACCGUGGCCAACAAGGAGUACGUCGCCUAUAGCCACACGGGCCGCAUCAUCCCUGCCAUCUGGUUCCGAUAUGACCUCAGCCCCAUCACGGUCAAGUACACAGAGAGACGACAGCCCCUGUACAGGUUCAUCACCACGAUCUGUGCCAUCAUUGGCGGGACCUUCACCGUUGCCGGCAUUCUGGACUCGUGUAUCUUCACAGCCUCCGAGGCCUGGAAGAAGAUCCAGCUGGGCAAGAUGCACUGACGGCCCUCCAGCGCCCGUCCCCUGCCCCCUGUCUGGCCCAGGAUCUGGCUGCAUCCCAAAGUGGGGGGAGGGGGUCAUAGGGGAUGGCUCACGGUUUUGCAGCUACCUCUUUCCCCAUGUUCAACUUUAGGCGAAUUACGAUGCCUGAAGUUGUGCACCUUCCCCCAGGGAGCCCCCAAACCAGAGUCAGGCAAGGGGUGCUCGGGGACCCCUCCUGGGAGGGCUCCAGUCCCUCUGUCUUGCGGGACCAGCCCAGAGUCCAUGUCGACCAGCUCUCAGCCAGGCUUUGACAAUCUCAGCCCCCACCAUUUGGUUUCCCCCUGGGCAGCCAACCCACAGACCUGGACUCUCAACUCUGGCCCAGGCUGCCCAAAGGUACCCCCCACCUGGCGCCUUCAACAUAAGAUGGUACUUUCCAGCAGGCCCCUGAGACGCGGCCGAACCCUCGCUUCGGCUCGUCCUUUCCUGCCUGACCAGAGCCCGGGCCUGAGUCCCCCUUCUCCCAACAGGCAGUUGGUCAGUGGGCGGGUGGCAGGUUCCCCUUUCUCAAUUCACAUUGCUUCUCUAACCCCCACCCCCAGCCAAUGUGCCUCAGCCCCCCCGCUGUGUGACAAGAGCAUCUCUUGGUGGGGGGGCUGGUUGUGACUUGGAAGUCAUCCUUUGAGAACAGACAGGGUUUGUGCACUAAUGUCCAGACGGGGAGCAUCUUUCGCUACAAGCCUCUCUCAGCUGGCCGCCAUCAGCCCCAAGGCCUUAGGAGGGGGACGCGAAGCAGACCCCCGCCCCGGGUCUUGACAUCUGCCUUCUGGGCUCCCGAGGGGUGCACAGUGCAUGGCCCUCUCUGCAGCCCCGUUUUGGCCCCUUGCCACUGAGCUCCCCCAUGGGCUGGCCACACACCAGCACGUUCCUAGUCCCUGGGGUGGCUCCCUUGUCUUCCCAUUUGCUCCUGAGGUGGGUCCCUACCCUUCUCCCCCUCAUCCUUCCCCUUCAGUCCUGAAAGCGAGGGGCAGUGGUCCAGGCACAUUCCCACCCAGGGAAUUUCAGGUAUGCCCUGGUGUCCCGGGGAGACAGCCGCCCGCCUGUUUUCCAUUUGUACCAAGAUUGUUUGCAUACUUUUGUAAUUAAGGGAAAUGCCAAGGAGAAGGAGUUUUAACUUAUCUAUAUAGAUAGCUCAAGUCUCUGCCCUUUGUAUUUUGGGCUCUGGAUUCCAAGUAGAACAGCUUCCCUGCUUGCGUCUGCGUUGACUGAUGUGCGUGUAACUGCGUUUGGUUAUUUCUGGUAUCUAGGGCCACUUAGAUGGAUUUUUUUUACGUUCCAUUACCCAGCUAUGGAAAGGAGUCCCCUCAGAGGGUGGGCGGGGUAGGGCGGGGACAUGUGUGGGGUAUGCAGGAGUUGAAAUUCCACUUUUAUGUAUUUACAAAAAACUGUUGAGGACGUGGGGAUGUCAGUUUCCUAUGGAAGACACACCUCUGACCCAUUAUUCUUAUAAACGAAAUCUCAAGGGGGAAGAAAAUCUUUUCGUUCUUUUCCCCACCCAUUGGGUUCAAAUAGAUUAAAGGGCUGAUUUUCAGAAAAAUUGCUGUGUGUUUCUUUCUACUUGAUCGUGGCUAGGCAGCCCGGGGGCUCGAUCCCAGAGGGGAAGUUUAUUCUCCAGGGGAGAUGCUGGGAAAUGUGGAAAAGAGCUACG